UUGUUCCUCCUCAACUCUCUCUCUCUCUCUCUCUCUCUCUCUCUCUCUCACCAUUUUCUUGUUCCUCUUCAACUCUCUCUCUCUCUCUCUCUCUCUCUCUCUCUCUCUCUCGCUUGCUCGGGUGUACUCACUACAUUUGAUCAUGUCAAACUGAUGUUCGCUUCAGAUAUCAUGCAGCAUAUGAUGAGUAUCCUUGGAAGUCAUCCUUGCACCUGGUCCCCACGAGUUCGUGAGCAAAGAUUUAGUAAAGUUCCAUGUUUUUGGUAUUACAAUCCAGACUUUUAUUUUAAGGAAUCAGUUUUUCUUCAAUGUCCAUGCAUUGCAACCGGUUCUAAGCGAAGUACUAGGAUUCAUCAGCCUAUUUUCUCAAGUACCAUGGACGAUGGGGCGGACCCAGCUGACUCUGAUGACUCUAAUGAAGGGUCCUCCGAAGAUGAAACUGAAGCGGUGAACAGUGAAGUGCUUCGAGAAAAUCUUGAAAGAAUUGUUGGUAAAGAUGACUCUGCCUUUAGUGGAUUAGAUCUGGCAACUCUUAUUAGGAACAAGUAUGGGAGGUCUUAUGAUGUUCAACUGAUAAAGAAGGAGUUCAUGGGAAGAAAUCUCCUUGCUAUGAAUGUCAUGUGGAAGUACAUGGAGCAGAAAUCCUUUCCACUGACUGAGGAAGAGUAUCUACUGAGGCUUGAUGAUGUGGCAAACACUUUGAAAUGUUGGGGAGCUGUCUCACAUAUUCGGAAUAGCCUAGCAACAUCAAAAGAGCGACCUCGGAUAGGGAAGGUAAGCUUAGCAUGUAGGUGUCGCAACUGCAUCUGUUCAAGUUCAAUGUCUUCAGAUAGAAAACAUGGGACAAGGGAAAAUGUAGAGAAUCAGACAGUUUUGGGCCUGUACUUUGACGAAAACCAUAUUUAGCAUGUUUGGUGGAAAUGUAAAUAUCAAUCAUAUUGAUUAAUGCUCCACAAAUCAUGUUGAGCACAUAAUCAUAAGGUGGAUAUAAACAAACAAAUGGUGCUACAAUUCAUACACUCAACCAUGAAGAUUCAAAACUCUGAUAGGACCAUCAUGAGCAAAGCUUUAUACACAAUUUGCAAAGUUAAUGGAUUGUAUGAUGUACAAUGAGCAGCAAGAAGAACCUAGUUAAGUGCAAAGAGAAUGCCAUGAAGCACCAAUAAUGUACAAGAAGAAUGAGGAAUAAGGGGAAGAAGAAAUGAAGAACUACAAUCCUAUGUGUCAAUUGGUAUUUGGUACAAAAUUUCUCUUAAGUACUAGUCAAUACACUUCAAAGCCAUAUAGAUGGCAACCAAUCAAAUCCUAUGAGGAAUCUAAGACUAAGACGUAAAUUCCUUAUAAAAUUCAACUUACUUAUUAAGUUAUUUUCGCAAGCAGAACUCUAAAUCUGCCUUGUCCAUUGCCUCUAUGUACCCUAUUGGAAGGUGAAUAAGCCUAUUUGACGGAGAAGUGAUUUAGAAAAUGACACGACAGGCAAUAAUUUAACCGAAAAUCAUUCGUAAAGAGUCUGUUACGAGGCUUGGGGAUCAUUAUUCAUUGCAGUAUUACUUCUUGUCUGUAUUUUUUGCACAGGCAGUCAGCAUUUUUAUCGACAUGGAUGAGACUGGAGGCCGUGCAAAUGAAUGGAUUUACAAAUAGAUUGUUUCAACAAGCCAGCAAGAAAAUUUCAGCAGUCAGUUAUAUACAUGCUCUUCGUAAUGUGGGGUGGGAUCGGAGUCACUGAGUAGACAUCCUUGCUCCUGUUCCCUGUUCGUUGUUGUGGAUUCCUCUGCUGGAUAAAAUCCUUGGAGCUGAUUUUUUUUUGCGAUGUUUUGCCAUGUACUUCUCCAAUUUUCUCUAUUGUCUUUCAAAUAUCUCCUCUGGUGGCAUACAUGUAUAUAGGGAAUUAUUGUACAACUGCACUGAUAUUUCCUAUUUUGAAUUCUCUUCAUUC